UUUUUUUUGCACUUCAAGUGUCUCCAACUACUCUGUGGCAAUCGUUCGUCGUUGUCAGCCAGUUGCAUAGACGCGAACACCGUCCCCGCCAACAACAAUAUGGACUACCCAAGUGUUAAUAGGUCAUCCCUGAUUGAACGAGAGACUGGCUCCGAAGCGGGUACAGCGAGCAAGAAGAUUUGUGUACGGCAAUUCUCCGAGCGUAUCACAACAUGGCCCGAGGAAGAUUGGUCAGGCAUUUCAGACUCUAAACAGCGCAGACGGCUGCAAAACCGGCUAAAUCAGAGAGCUCGACGGCUGCGGAACAAACUAGAGACUCAAGCCCCAUCUAGCAACAAGACACGUGACAAUAGUAACGAUACAUCAGCCGACAGGGGAAAUUAUGCUCCGACAGCGUUGAAGACACUAGAGCAUCGUAAGAAUGGCCGCAAUAUGCAUUUCACUAGUGACAGUGCAAGAACAAAUUCUCUGGCAGCAAUCGAGCACGUACAUAUUCUUGAGCCAGACUCGGCGCAUACUAAGAGGACAUUACGACAGCUAGAAAUCAUAGCAUGCACCCAGUACAUGCUCGGUUCCCCACGUACCGACAUGUUAUUCCAUCUAGUGCAAUUUAAUUUCACAAAAGCUCUAAUAGAAAAUACCAGGGCUUUCGGGCUCACCUCGGAGCAAUUACACGACGAUGCCAUUUCGCCGUUUAAUGUCUCUGGUCCUUGGCCGUAUGACUUCGAAGCUUCGCUUCCUUCCAGUCUCCAACCUACCUUCAUUCAGCGCACUAUACAUCAUCAUCCGUGGCUAGACCUACUCCCAAUUCCAGAAAUGAGAGAUAAUCUGAUUCUUGCGGAGGACUCGUAUGACGAGACUCGACUUUGUCUUGACAUGAAAGGAGACGGAAACGUGAACACAGGUCAAACAGGCAUCAUUGUUUGGAGCGACCCGUGGGAUCCAUCGGGAUGGGAAGUCACGGAAUCCUUUGCUCGCUCUUGGGGAUGGGUGCUUCGAGGCUGCUGGGACCUCCGUCGCUCCACAAACUCUUGGAGAGCACGACGGAAUGAAAGACCUCUUUUCCGGGUAUCAUAAGACCUGCAGCUACUAUCGACCUAUAGUCUGUUACGUAUAUCUCACCAAGGCAGGAGGGGAGACUAAGGGAUAAUCGACUCAGUAGUAUUCACUCUUUGACUUGGGGAUGGAUUUUGAAGAGCUAUAUGUUACAGAUCCCUUCAAUCUUCAACAUCAUAGGCUUUUUAUUUUACAAUUUGCACUCUGGGUAAUGGGGGUAUGCAUAAAAAU